CCUCUGCUGCUGUAGGUCUGGGCUGAUGCAAGGCUCGUCUUUAUAAAAGGGUGGGUCGCCAUCCCUCCUCCAGCACAACCGUUUUUUGUCCCGAGCUUAACGCGUCUCUGGGAAUGUUUACGUGUAAUUAGACGUAAACCGAAAUAAUUUGUCCUCGUUCGGUUCAUUCUAAGAGUGUAUUUUAUUAUUUACUCGACUUGAACGGGUUUCAGCCCGCCCUUUUAAUCGCACCGCGUCUGUACUACAUAUAGGCUUCUCCAUUCAUUCAGCAAUUGAAUCUUAACAUCUAAAAGGGAAGACAUCGUCUUUUAGGGAGUUUUCUUUAACUGAACGGAUUUUACUGGCAUCCUGUCUCAUCUGCACAAGGAACAGCAUGAAACAGCCCACCACCAGAACGGAGAUGAGUCGCCUCAACAUCUCUCCCGAGGAUGACAGCAGCAGCGCCAACAGCACCGAGUACACCGACUGUCCCCAGAAGGUCCCACUGGGCGGCCAAUAUUCUGACACGGAAGCAGAGAGUCAAAACUUCCUUCCCGAACACAACCUGGGCAAGAAGAAGUAUGAGACCGAAUACCACCAGGGCAACGCGUCCUUUGGCAUGUCCGUCUUCAACCUGGGCAACGCCAUCAUGGGCAGCGGCAUCCUGGCUCUGUCCUACGCCAUGGCCAACACUGGCAUCGCCCUGUUUGUGAUCCUCCUCGUGUCCGUCGCCAUCUUCUCGUUGUAUUCUGUCCACUUGCUGCUGAAGACGGCCAACGAAGGAGGUGCGCUGGUGUACGAGCAGCUGGGUUACAAAGCCUUCGGGAUGCCGGGGAAGCUCGCCGCGUCAUGCUCCAUCACCAUGCAGAACAUCGGAGCCAUGUCGAGCUACCUCUACAUCGUCAAAUACGAACUGCCCAUCGUCAUCAAAUCCUUUGUAGAAAACGGCAAUGAAGAGUGGUACACUAACGGUGACUACCUCGUGCUGCUGGUGACCGUCUUCAUCAUCCUGCCCCUGUCGCUGCUCCGCAACCUGGGUUACCUUGGUUACACCAGUGGUCUGUCUCUGCUCUGCAUGGUCUUCUUUCUGAUUGUGGUGAUCAUCAAGAAGUUCCAGCUUCCGUGCCCGCUCCCCGGGAACGGCAGCGCUCUGAACGAAACCAUAAGCAAAGUGCUGAACAGCACCGUGGCCCACCCCAACGCCACCGCCGUGGACUACAGCGAGGACUCUUGCACGCCGAAAUACUUUGUCUUCAACUCUCAGACCGUCUACGCCAUUCCCAUCCUGACCUUCGCCUUUGUCUGCCACCCCGCCAUCCUGCCCAUGUACGAGGAGCUCAAAGACCGGUCUCGUCAUAAGAUGCAGGGCGUUGCCAAUGUCUCCUUCCUGGCCAUGUUCAUCAUGUACCUCCUGGCUGCCCUCUUUGGAUAUCUGACCUUCAACGUGCAUGUGGAGCCCGAGCUGCUGCACACCUACGCCGCCGUGUACCAGUCCGACGUGCUGCUGCUGAUCGUCCGGCUGGCCGUGCUGACUGCCGUCACCCUCACCGUCCCCGUGGUGCUGUUCCCGAUCCGCACCUCGGUCAACCAUCUGCUGUGCGCCUCCAAGGAUUUCAGCUGGAUCCGCCACACCAUCAUCACCGUGGUCCUGUUGGCCUGCACCAACGCCUUGGUCAUCUUUGUCCCCACCAUCAGGGACAUCUUUGGGUUCAUCGGCGCCUCUGCUGCUGCCAUGCUCAUCUUCAUCCUGCCGUCGGCUUUCUACAUCAAACUGGUCAAGAAGGAGUCCAUGAAGUCUGUCCAAAAGAUCGGGGCCACCGCCUUCCUGCUGUUAGGCUUCUUUGUGAUGAUCGGCAGCAUGACCCUCAUCGUGCUGGACUGGAUCAACAACGCCUCAGCCAGCCCGGACGCCCACGCCGACGGACACUAAGGCCCCGCGGCGAGGAGAGCAACAGCUCAGGCUGCUAUGAGCGCGCAACCAACGAAGAUCAAACCGUUAAAGAAAAUCGAAACACAAGAACUCACUUGAGGCUCUGCUUUGACUUCCUGAGCGACAAACCAUGCCAUUCCAAGAGAAUGUAUCGAACUUUGUACAGUACGCUGUUAUAGGCCACAAAGAUGGUGUUUUACUUGUUUUUCUUCUCUUUUUAUUGUAGGUUUUUUUUCAUUGUUGCUUUUGCUCCUACUUUUUUUUAAUGUUGUUUUGUAGUUAUGGUACAGCUGAAAACAAAUAUUUGAAGGUGCCUCAAAGCAGUGACGUGGUUCGUAGAGUUCAAAAUGCAGCUGACACUCAGGUACGGCGUGUGGGCGUGGCUGUGACCUCGGAGCUCGGCAACAACCAAUCCGGUUGUGAACCUCAUGAAGAUUGACGAGGCAACUUGACAGUUCAGCGUCCUCAGGGGCGAUUCAGUUCCUUCCAGUAGUUGUGUGUUUUGACUAUUUUUUUUUACUUUGCCAAAAAUGUAUUUGUCUAGCAUCUUUGAAUAUUGAAAAGCACUUACUGUUCCGCACACUUAUGGGGAAAAAUAAUGUCAUUUCUCACAGGCGAGGCCCAUUACUCUGCCUUUUGAGUAUUCGUACCAAGGCUCUGUGACCUUACUUAGUGUCAUUUAAACCCUAAUAUAAGUCCACAGAGCCGGCCUUCUCCAACCCGACACUGGGAGCUGCGGAGUUCCUCAUUGGAGGACUCUCACUAAACUGUAUUUAAAAACCUGCUGAAGAUCCUGUUGGCUUAGCGCGUUCAGUGCCGAAACUACUGCUUCGAGACGUGGAGGCCACUCCACCUCCAGGGAAACACCUUUAAUUUGACCACAUACAGUGGCUGUAACAUACCUGUUAAACUUGGAAAAACUACGAAGAGAAAAAAAAAGGCUCAUCCGUUCGCCCACACCGACAACCAGACAGUCACAAUAUUUGGAGUGUUUUGUGCUUUUGAAAUGUUGAGCUCGUCCGCGGCCGAGUUGUCAAAUGGUCAUCUGACAGUGCACUGUGCUUCCAACACUAACUUAACACAUCACCAAACUGUUAUUGUCCAACAUCUAUUUAUGGAAGACCAUGAAAUCAAUGUAAUUUAAUCUAUUUUACUAUAUUUAUAAAAUAUUGUAUGUAUAUAUAAAUGUAUAUAUAUAUAUCUCUUGAGUUGAACUGUACAUAUGCUUUGUUUUGUUUGAAUUUUUUUUCCUUCUUUUUACAAUAAUGCAUUGGAGCUGUAAAACAAACGCUAAAUAAUCCCCUAGCUGGUGAAUUUGUGAUAUUGAAUUGGCUCCAAAGCUCUGGGGCUUCCGCUGUUCAUCUCGAAUAGGACUGACUGUAUUAUCCUAAUGUGUUGAUUCUGUGAAAACUGUUACGUGUGGAAGCCACUAAUUCAGCAGAUGCAGUCUUAUUCCCCUUGGGGCCCUUGAACAAGAAACGCCAGCAAAAUGUUCUUGACGCACAUCUUGGUUGGAGAGUACGUCAGUCAUCUCUUGACUUCAGGAGCAAAGCGGGCUAUGCCCACCAGUGUUACAGUCUUGUUUCAAUGAAACAUUAUGUACAUCAUGUGAAUAAUGUCCAAUUAAAAUAGAUCCAGAUAAACUAAUAACAUGUUGGUGUUCUUUGUGCC